AUGGAGUUUCGAGAGUUCGACGGAGAUGGUCAACCUUAUCCGUCCGGAAUCUUACAUUUCAUGCCGGAACAGUUCAUCGGCAUCGUUCCAUACCACACCAGCUUGAACUACGACUGGAUCAGAGGGAAUGCUCUUACUGGAGAAAACCAGAACUUCACCACUCAAUGGGUCGAGUGCUUCUACCCGGUGUCGGGAACGUACGCCGCAACACCUCGUUUGAUCUACUACGUCUUCAUUCUGGCAGCACUGUUGCUCGAAUAUUUACGGACCAGGAUCAAGAUAGGGUUUAUUUGGUUUCAAGAAGCCAUUGUCGGGGUCAUCAUGGCUUACAGCUCGACCACGGCAAUUCACGCCCUUGUCCUGGUGUCGGCAUGGAAACGCAUGGCGCCUGACGGAUUCUUCGACUCGGACAAGCACGAAAUCGUCCAGGUCGAGGGCAACUGGACCGGGACAUACGAAACCGCUACAGGGCUCACAUACAACAGAAGCAACGUCCUGCAAAACGGAACAAGGGUGCUCAACGACCACCUCUGGAUGCCCCUGAUCCCGAUGGUGCGCGACCAUGACGCCGAUCCCGUCCUUGCCGUCGUCGGCUCAGCAUUCCUGCUAUACCCGACACUGCACAUGUGGCUCGGAACGAUGCGCGGAAAGAAGAUCCGAAUGCUGAGGUACAUAUGGUGGGCCUUCCUCUUCAUCGGCACCAUCGCCGCCCUUAUCUACGAAGAACGCACGCUCUUCUGGUACAUGUGGCAGCUGCGUUUCUGCCCCAACAUACCGCAACAGGACUACCUCCCGCUCGUGAACAGCUUCCAGGGAGCCUACAGCAAGUUCAGCGGCCACUGGACCCCGCGCAACCGGUACAGAUGGAACAGAAUCGUGGCCGACAAGUUUGUCUUCAAGAACUCGACCAUCCACUUCCCGCAGACCUGUCUGUAUCCGUGCUUCGAGAUCGACUCGUGGCCCUAUAGAGACCCUUCCGACAUCUUCGUGCGCACCCGCCACGGCGCGGUCCGAAAUGUCCGGGGCACGGGAAACACCUUCCUGGCCCUGUACAUACUGGUCUUUUUCUCUUCCUUGUCGGGCCUGGCCCUGAUCGUCCUGUCGAGUUGGCUGAACAUCCGGACAGAUGGCGAGGAGAAAGUCAAGUACUUUAAGCAACUAAUCAAGUACUUCUGGAAGGUCGGGUUGAAGCCGGCGCCGGAUGACGAGAAGGAUUGUAAGAGAGAGCUGAACCAGGCUGAGGAGAACAGUCAGAAGCCACGAUUCGCAACACGCCUUGUGCGGCGAGGCCUCGUACUGUUGUUGGUGUUCGUCGGUGUUUUCACCACCUUUCUGAGCCCGCUGGUAUGCGUUUAUUUUGUAGGUUAUUUCGAGUGGAAGAUAUUCUCUACGGACGGAGCUGGGAAAGAGACCAUGCGGCAUAUUGGCCAGUGGGGGUUUCUCGUAAGCACGCUGUUGGGAAUCAUUGCUGCCGGACUGAUUGAAGGAGGGGAAAAGAUCUCGAAUUGGAUGGACGGGAAGGAGAAGGGAGCAAAGCUUUGGAUUGGUGGUUUGUUGAGGCGCCGUGACGCGGGUGGCGGAGCUGAUCCAUCAUCGGAGGUUAACCAAGGACAGAGCUAG